AAGAUGAAAAGGAAUAUGCACUGAAGCAAAUUGAAGGUACAGGGAUAUCCAUGUCGGCCUGUAGAGAGAUUGCACUUUUACGAGAGCUGAAGCACCCUAACGUGAUUGCGUUACAGAAGGUUUUCCUUUCUCACAGCGACAGGAAGGUUUGGCUGCUGUUCGACUAUGCUGAACAUGAUUUGUGGCAUAUUAUCAAGUUUCACCGUGCCUCAAAAGCAAAUAAAAAGCCCAUGCAGUUGCCAAGAUCUAUGGUUAAAUCACUACUUUACCAGAUUCUUGAUGGAAUCCAUUACCUCCAUGCAAACUGGGUGCUUCAUAGAGAUCUGAAACCAGCAAACAUUCUGGUAAUGGGCGAAGGUCCAGAAAGAGGAAGAGUCAAAAUAGCUGAUAUGGGUUUUGCCAGGUUGUUCAACUCACCUUUGAAGCCACUGGCAGACUUGGACCCAGUUGUGGUGACAUUCUGGUACAGGGCUCCGGAGCUGUUGCUUGGAGCCAGGCAUUACACAAAGGCCAUUGAUAUUUGGGCAAUUGGCUGCAUAUUUGCUGAACUAUUGACUUCGGAACCUAUAUUUCACUGUCGUCAGGAGGACAUCAAAACAAGUAAUCCUUUUCAUCAUGAUCAGCUAGAUCGCAUUUUCAGUGUAAUGGGAUUCCCUGCAGAUAAAGAUUGGGAAGACAUAAGAAAGAUGCCGGAAUAUCCGACUCUUCAAAAAGAUUUUAGAAGAACAACAUACGCCAAUAGUAGCCUCAUAAAAUACAUGGAGAAACACAAAGUCAAGCCUGACAGCAAAGUUUUUCUUUUGCUUCAGAAACUUCUUACUAUGGACCCUACGAAGAGAAUUACCUCAGAGCAGGCGUUGCAGGACCCCUACUUUCAGGAGGAUCCUCUGCCUACAUCAGACGUGUUUGCUGGCUGCCAGAUUCCAUAUCCUAAACGAGAGUUCCUCAAUGAAGAUGAACCUGAAGAGAAAGGGGAUAAGGAACCACCAUGAACUAGGCUGACCAGAGCAUGUUUUUGCUGGCAUGAGCUCUUUUCUGCACUACGAUGGUUUGCCAGAACAGCUGGGCCUCAACCAGCAUCUAACGCAGAGUAGAUCUCGGUCUCUACCAAGGCAGUAAGUGUAGUAGCUGCACAGAAGAGCAAUCUCAGCUAGUCAGGUAAAUUUUGUGUUAAUACCCAGAGUUAGAAAACAUAGGAUCUACGACAAGCUGUUAUUCAUAAUUAUGUUAGUUCCUGCCAUGUUUGUUUACAUGUAAUAAAAUUGCUGUUUUUC